GAGAGAGAGGGAGAAGGUGGAGGAGGAAGAAGAAAAAGGAUCGAGAUCCCUCUGCGGGCGUGGUGUCCAGCAGACAGGCAGAUGUCUGACUCCAGGACAGAUGUGGGGGAGCCAACACCCCCAGGAAACCUUGGCUGUAUCAAGGAGACUAGCUCUCCGUCAAGUAACAGUCAUACGCUACUUCCUUCAAACGUUCAACCUUCAGAUGACGGGACACAUAAGGUCGUCAGCACCAUACCAGAGAACACAAACUCUGACACAGUGUGCUUGGAGUGCUCAAAACUACCUUCGAAAGAGAUAAUGACCGAGAGUGCGUUGAUGGGUUCGAGUCCAUCUCUGUUUUCCAAGGACGAAGACUGCUGUGUCCAUUGCCUGCUUGCCUGCCUGUUUUGUGACUUUCUAUUUCUGUGCAAUUCCAUCUCUAAUGGCCUCUCGCUUGGUGGCUGCAGCAUCCUCACAUGUUGCAGUAAAGAUUUUGGAGCCUGCGACAUGCCUUGCUUUAUGGACUGUGCGGACCUGGAAGAGUGCUGCGUAAAUUCAAAUUGUGCCAAGAUCUGCUCAGAGUGCUGUGGCAUUUGCUUUCCAUCGUGACGAGCUGUUAAGACGACUGACAGACAGCAAUUUAAGUGCCGGCCACGGACUUGGAGGUUUGUUGAAAUGUUAUGUGGUGGGAAAUGAAGAAUGAAGCACCUGUGACGUGUAUGAGAGCAGCAAAAUAGCUCACGGUAAAAUCUUCUCUUUUAACUUAAUACACGGCUAGAUAAGCAACCCAAAGUUUUUCAUGUGAUAUAAAUAUGCAACGAUCUAAACUUGUAUUAUUUGUGCCACCUGUUGCAAAACAUUCUGUUAUGCAGUUAUUCAAAGAAGACGCAGAAGGAGUCGGCAUAGAAGCAGUAUUUGAACACUUGGGGGUAAAUACGCUUUGAUGAAGCCGAAUGCUAUGUAAAAUGUUCCAAAUGACGCCUUAAGAUUUUUGAGAGUGAAAUGAUCAUUUUGCAGCAUGUGACUUGCAAACGUAGCAUUUUUCAAACGCACAGUGGAUUGCGCUGAACCAAAUGGUUUCCAAAUGCAUUCAACGAGCAUCCGAGAUAUUUAGAAAUUGUGCCAUUAUUAUGCUCAUGCUGUGUCUCGUUUUGUGUAAUUCUAUAAAUUAAAGAUGAACACAAUAGUGCUGAUUUGAUUGAUUCUCGCUAGACUGUCUUCGUUCUACUUCCGAUUCCUUCAGUCUGAUCUCCUGCAUUCAUUGAUAGUACUGUGCAGUACUAUACGGAUUUACACGUGCAAGAUAACAGCCCAGAGGAAAUGUACCAAACUGCUUGAUGGU